AUGAGUGCUACAUCCUGCACGUGUCGCCGGGGUUUGGCCUCCAGUCAGUGGUGGGGCUUGUCGCGCUCGAGUGAGGGCAGCAGUGCGCCCCCUCGUAGUAUCCUCAAGUUCGCGAAGGUGUGGAGGCAGCAGGCAAAGGGGAGAACUUUGCACCACCAUCUUUGGGAGCACUGGGGGGUUGAUCCACCGGCGGCGCGUCUUCCUACUUUCACGGCGGUGUGGUGGUCCUCUUUUCCCGUUUUCCUUCUCGGCACGGGCGUGGAUGCCCCUGGGAUUGUCCCCUCUACAGAUGUGUAUUUGUGA